UUAUUAAUUCUAAGUCCCACUUUUUGUUUUUUUGUUUCACAUUAAAGAAUAGUGCUUAUAUUUUAUACUGUCUUGUCUUCUUCAACCUCAACCCUUUUGAUUUUGCUUCUCUGAAGUGACUGAUAUUUGAUUGUGCAAUUGUGCUUUGUUCUUCCACCAAUCUCCAAUCACCUUAUCACUCUGUCACCUGCCUCUGUUGUUUCUGUCUCUCCCUCUUUAUUGUUUGGUUAGAAUCAAAGAGGGAGGGACAUACAUGGAAGCUGUUGUCCAAACCAGAGGUCUUCUCUCUCUCCCCACAAACCCCAGAAACAGGGUUUUGAAUUUGAACCCAUCACAUGGCUUAAAGCAUAGAUUUUUCUCACUAAAACCCCAAACCCUUGGUGGGUUUUCUCUAACCACCAAUGGAUUCCCCAAACUCCAUAGCAUGGCAUCAAAAGCCAACACCUUUGGCCAAAAGGACAAGACUUUGUUCAUGUGCAGGGCUGAAGCUGCUGCUGCUGCUUCUGAUGGGCAACUUGGGGAAAUUGAGGUUGAGAAACCAAAGGUUUUGGGUAUUGAGAUUGACACACUCAAGAAGAUUAUACCUUUGGGGAUGAUGUUUUUUUGUAUUCUCUUUAACUAUACAAUUCUCAGAGACACCAAGGAUGUUCUGGUUGUGACAGCUAAAGGAAGCAGUGCUGAGAUUAUACCAUUUCUCAAAACAUGGGUGAAUCUUCCUAUGGCUGUUGGGUUUAUGCUGUGGUACACCAAGUUGUCUAAUGUUUUGUCCAAGCAAGCUUUGUUUUACUCUGUGAUUGUUCCUUUCAUUGCUUUCUUUGGGGCUUUUGGGUUUGUUUUGUAUCCUCUUAGCAACUAUAUCCACCCUGAGGCAUUUGCAGACAAGCUUCUCGGCAUCCUUGGACCUCGGUUUCUUGGUCCGCUGGCAAUUAUGAGAAUAUGGAGCUUCUGUUUGUUCUAUGUCAUGGCUGAAUUGUGGGGGAGUGUGGUCAUCUCUGUGCUGUUCUGGGGGUUUGCUAAUCAGAUAACCACUGUUGAUGAAGCAAAACGGUUCUACCCACUGUUUGGACUUGGGGCCAAUGUAGCCCUUAUAUUCUCUGGUCGAACAGUGAAAUACUUUUCUAAUAUGAGGAUGAAUUUAGGUCCUGGAGUUGAUGGUUGGGCCCUCUCUCUAAAAGCAAUGAUGAGCAUAGUUGUCGGUAUGGGGCUAGCAAUCUGUUUCCUGUACUGGUGGGUGAAUAACUAUGUUCCUCUUCCUACUCGUAGCAAGAAGAAGAAGGAGAAGCCCAAAAUGGGAACCAUGGAGAGCUUGAAGUUCUUGGUGUCUUCAAGGUACAUAAGAGAUCUUGCUACUUUAGUGGUUGCUUAUGGAAUUAGCAUCAAUCUUGUUGAGGUUACAUGGAAGUCUAAGCUCAAGGCUCAGUUUCCUAGCCCUAAUGAGUACUCAUCUUUUAUGGGCGACUUCUCGACUGCAACUGGAAUUGCGACAUUUACAAUGAUGCUUCUGAGCCAAUAUAUAUUUGACAAAUAUGGGUGGGGAGUUGCUGCCAAGAUUACGCCAACGGUCCUGCUUCUGACAGGAGUUGGUUUCUUCUCUCUUAUAUUGUUUGGAGGCCCACUUGCACCUGGUCUCGCAAGUAUUGGAAUGACUCCUCUACUAGCAGCCGUAUAUGUGGGUGCUUUGCAGAACAUAUUUAGCAAGAGUGCUAAGUACAGCUUAUUUGAUCCUUGCAAAGAAAUGGCAUACAUACCCUUGGAUGAGGAUACCAAGGUUAAGGGGAAGGCAGCCAUUGAUGUCGUGUGCAACCCAUUAGGAAAGUCUGGAGGUGCCCUUAUUCAGCAAUUUAUGAUCUUAACUUUCGGUUCACUCGCUAAUUCAACCCCAUACCUGGGCGGUGUGCUUCUGGUGAUUGUCCUUGCCUGGCUGGCAGCGGCGAAGUCCUUGGAUACCCAGUUUACCGCAUUGCGACAGGAAGAAGAACUCGAGAAAGAGAUGGAAAAAGCAGCUGCUGUUAAAAUUCCAGUAGUGUCCGAGAACGAGGGUGGAAAUGGUUCUCUUGCAAGCAGUUCACCCUUAAAUCCAUCAUCAGGUGACUCCUCAAGUAGUCCAUCAGAAGCCUCAUCUCCUCGCAAUACUUAGAAGAAGCAUGCUUCUUUCUGUGAACAAUGUCCUGACAGAGAGAAUAAACAGCAACUGUUGAGAGCAGUGUUAGGUGAAACUAUUUGAUUUAGGUUAUUGCUAAAGCUGAUAGAAUAAGUAUGAUACUUGCUUUUCUCAAGUCCCAUAAUUUUUUGGCCCCCAUAGAUAAGAUGAGUUCAUUUACUUCUUUAUACUAGCAAGGUUUACUGAUUUGGUGAACCACAUUUGUACUUGUUUGUAAUCUGUAUUUCUACUUCUCUUGAAUGGGUUGAUCAGAACUUUCGGGUCGA